AUGGGUAUUAGCCGCGAUCACUGGCAUAAAAGAAGGGCUACGGGUGGCAAACGCGCCCCGAUCCGUAAGAAGAGGAAGUAUGAGUUAGGUCGACCGGCCGCAAAUACCAAACUUGGCCCCCAACGUAUUCACUGGGUCCGAUCUCGAGGUGGAAACACAAAAUACCGUGCGUUACGUCUUGACACUGGAAACUUCGCUUGGGGAUCGGAAUGUGCCACUCGCAAGACACGUAUUAUUGAUGUUGUAUACAAUGCUUCUAACAAUGAGUUGGUUCGAACAAAAACUCUGGUGAAGAAUGCUAUUGUGGUAGUUGAUGCCACACCUUUCCGUCAGUGGUAUGAAUCGCACUACCUCCUGCCUCUUGGAAGGAAGAAGGGUGCAAAAUUGACUGAAGCAGAGGAAGCCAUUAUUAAUAAGAAAAGAAGCAAAAAAACAGCAAAGAAGUACUUGUCGCGACAGCGCUUAUCCAAGGUUGAAGGUGCUCUUGAGGAGCAAUUCCAUACUGGACGUUUAUUAGCGUGCGUGGCUAGCCGGCCUGGCCAAUGCGGCCGCGCUGACGGCUACGUAUUAGAGGGUAAGGAACUCGAGUUCUACCUAAGAAAGAUCAAAUCCAAGAGGGCUAAGUGA